AUGCAGACCUCAUCCAACAUAGCCUCGGCCGCUUCUACGCCAGCACCCGAGGAAUUUACUAAAUCAACCGGAUCCCAAGAGCGACUACUCGAUAGCACGCACAGCUUGCCCCUGUCCCCGCAUAUUACCGUCCAGCAAGAUACGGACAAAUUCGAUCGACCGUCAUUUGCCCCUCACUUGUCCGCACCGCCCGAUAUUCCUCAUUUCCAAAGUCCUAUGAGACAUCAUAGGAGGACGCCAUCACAGCAUCGCGAAGUGAAGGAAACCCUCAAUGCUAGAACCGAGUAUACGAACGACGAGACAGAUGGCAGGUCGCAACAGACCAUCAACCAGUACACCAUUCGCGAAGAGAUUGGAAGGGGUUCCUAUGGUGCCGUACACCUUGCUACGGACCAAUUCGGGAAUGAAUUUGCUCUCAAGGAAUUCUCAAAACUUCGCCUUCGAAAACGAGCCCAGUCGAAUAUUCUAAGGAGACCCGAAGGUGGGAGGCCACGAUCGCUUGGCCCAGGACAAGGUCUUUACCACGUCCAUAGGAAACAGCUCAGCCACCAUGAGAUUGCAGAGGCAAAAGAUGCCCUCUUCCUAAUUCGAGAAGAGGUUGCUAUCAUGAAAAAGGUCAACCAUCCUAAUUUGGUACAGUUAUUCGAAGUAUUAGACGACCCGGAAAACGACUCCUUAUACAUGGUCCUGGAGAUGUGUAAGAAAGGUGUUGUCAUGAAAGUUGGUCUAGAGGAGCAAGCAACUCCCUACGAUGAUGAACAAUGUCGUUUAUGGUUUCGCGAUCUCAUCUUAGGCAUAGAAUACCUACAUGCCCAAGGUAUUAUACAUCGAGAUAUCAAGCCCGAUAACCUUCUACUCACAGAUGACGAUGUGCUCAAGAUCGUCGACUUUGGGGUAUCUGAGAUAUUCGAGAAACCUGAUCACAUGAUGACUAGCAAGUCUGCAGGCUCUCCCGCCUUCUUGCCGCCUGAGUUAUGCCAAGCCAACCAUGGCGAUGUAUCAGGCAAAGCAGCUGAUAUAUGGUCUAUGGGGGUGACUUUGUAUUGCCUCAAAUAUGGCAAGCUGCCUUUCAUAAGGGAUAAUGUGUUGGACAUGUAUGACGCGAUCCGCACUGAUGAAAUUCAAAUACCCUCCGACAACGAGGACCCAAAUUUCGUAGACCUCAUCACCAAGAUUCUGGACAAGAAUAACGAAACAAGACUGACACUGCAGGAAAUAAGGAACCAUCCUUGGGUCACGAAGGGAGGCACUGAUCCUCUACUGUCAGAAGAAGAAAAUUGUGAAGACGUGAUAGAGCCGCCAAAUGCUCUAGAGGUCAACCAUGCCUUCACGCGGAAGAUGGAUCAUUUGAUGUGUGUGUUGAAAGCAAUUCGCCGGUUUAAGGGCCUCAUUUCCAAGAGCAGAGUUGCAACCCCCGAGCAUAAAACACUUCAAGUACCACAUGCGCCGGAACCUGUGGAAAAGGAGCCUAUCCCGGAAAAUACAGACACGUCCGCAGCUUUGACCGCGCAACCAACACGUCAGAAGUCUAUCGCAGAGGAGGCUGCCGAACUAGUCAGGCAGCGUAGAGCUUUCCUCGCAGCUCAAAGUCACGCCUCAACCCACCCAUUAGCAUCAUCCGGAGUAGAGGGUAAGGGCCACGCUCAUGACCUAACGGACAGGGCGCCACUUUUCCUGGGUAUCGGCACGGGUGGACAUGAUGAAUUCACUGCCUCUGAUACUCCAGUUGAUGUUGUAUCCGACUCGCCUACCGGUAUCGACUUUGACGUAUAUGACCGCGCGUUCGAGACAGAAAUCAAACGCAUCCGUUCCGACAAGAAAAAGGGUCGCGCUAAGACCUACCUGACGAAACUUGUAACGCCGCAAGAGAAAAGUAAAUACGCCGGUGACGACUACAUGGUAUUGGAGGCUGCGAAAUCGCCAACCAUUAGCUCGCCAGCCUCAGGUGGAGGAUGGAGUCUCGCAGAGAGGAUAAACGAGCGGGUGGACAAGGAAAGUCACGAAGUUCAGGACGGCGCUAAGAAGGCAUUCGAUACCGCCAAAGAGACAGGGUAUAGGUUCGCAAACUUAGUCAUGGCCGCGACGAAGGACUUAAAGGAGAGGAAUGCGGACUUGAAAAGGGACGGCUGA